AUGGCCAAUCUUAAUGAUGACAACUCACCUGCUUCCAGCAUGACCGAGAAAGUCAACACGAAUAUCAUCACACUGACACGCUUUCUUACUGAAGAACAAGCUAAACAUAAGGAGGCUACUGGAGAUUUCACGCUCCUAUGCCACGCUUUGCAGUUCUCCUUCAAGUCCAUUGCGUACUAUAUCCGCCGCUCAACACUAAUUAACCUCACCGGCCUUGCCGGCUCCGCAAAUAUCACUGGAGAUGACCAGAAGAAGCUUGACGUCAUUUCAAAUGAUCUUUUCAUCGAAGCAAUGCGCUCUUCGGGAAAGUGCGCACUGCUGGUAUCCGAAGAAGAAGAAAACAUAAUCUUUUUCGGGAAAGUUCCGGUGCCCGAUGCCGGUGUCUCCGUUGGCACCAUUUUUGGCAUCCAUAAACUUCCCGAUGACUCCAAGGGAACAAAAGAAGACAUUCUCAAGCCUGGGUCGGAGCUUCUGGCUGCCGGAUUCACUAUGUACGGAGCAUCCGCCCAACUCGUGAUCACGAUGAAAGGCGGAACCGUGAACGGCUUUACACUUGACAACGGGUUGGGGGAGUUUAUCCUUAGUCACCCGAAUAUGAGGCUGCCUAGCUCGAGGGCCAUUUACUCUGUAAAUGAGGGAAAUUCUCUUUAUUGGGCCGAAGAGGUUAAGUCGUACUUCAAUUCGCUUAAGGAGCCGCAGAACGACGGAAAACCAUAUAGUGCCAGGUACAUUGGCAGCAUGGUAGCGGAUGCCUAUCGCACGCUCCUUUACGGCGGCAUUUUCGCAUAUCCGGCCGACAAGAAGAGCCCCAAGGGAAAGCUCCGGAUUCUCUAUGAAUGCGCGCCGAUGGCAAUGGUUUUUGAGAAUGCGGGCGGCCAGGCUGUUGAUAGCAACAUGAAGAGGAUGCUUGAUAUUGUUCCAGCAGAUAUCCAUGACAGAUCUGGUAUUUUCAUGGGAAGCUUUGACGAAGUUGAAAGGGUCAAGACGUUUCAUAAGGCCUAG